AUGUAUACCCUGUAUACCUAUGUAUGCCCUGUAUACCCUGUAUACUCUGUAUACCCUGUAUACCUAUGUAUACCCUGUAUACCCAUGUAUACCCUGUAUACCUAUGUAUACCCUGUAUACCCUGUAUACCCUGUAUACCUAUGUAUACCCUGUAUACCCUGUAUACCUAUGUAUACCCUGUAUACCCAUGUAUACCCUGUAUACCUAUGUAUACCCUGUAUACCUAUGUAUACCCUGUAUACCAUGUAUACCCAUGUAUACCCUGUAUACCCUAUAUACCUAUGUAUACCCUGUAUACCCUGUAUACCCAUGUAUACCCUGUAUACCUAUGUAUACCCUGUAUACCGUGUAUACCUAUGUAUACCCUGUAUACCCUGUAUAACCCUGUAUACCAUGUAUACCCAUGUAUACCCUGUAUACCCUGUAUACCUAUGUAUACCCUGUAUACCCAUGUAUACCCUGUAUACCUAUGUAUACCCUGUAUACCCUGUAUACCUAUGUAUACCCUGUAUAACCCUGUAUACCCUGUAUACCCAUGUAUACCCUGUAUACCCUGUAUACCUAUGUAUACCCUGUAUACCCUGUAUACCCAUGUAUAUCCUGUAUACCCAUGUAUACCCUGUAUACCUAUGAAUGCCCUGUAUACCCAUGUAUACCCUGUAUACCUAUGUAUACCCUGUAUACCUUGUAUACCUAUGUAUACCCUGUAUACCCUGUAUACCUAUGUAUACCCUGUAUACCCAUGUAUACCCUGUAUACCUAUGUAUACCCUGUAUACCCUGUAUAACCCUGUAUACCCUGUAUACCCAUGUAUACCCUGUAUACCCUGUAUACCUAUGUAUACCCUGUAUACCCUGUAUACCUAUGUAUACCCUGUAUACCCUGUAUACCCUGUAUACCCAUGUAUACCCUGUAUACCCUGUAUACCCUGUAUACCCUUGUAUAUCCUGUAUACCCAUGUAUACCCUGUAUACCUAUGUAUACCUAUGUAUACCCUGUAUACCCUGUAUACCUUGUAUACCCAUGUAUACCCUGUAUACCUAUGUAUACCCUGUAUACCCUAUAUACCUAUGUAUACCUAUGUAUACCCUGUAUACCCUGUAUACCCAUGUAUACCCUGUAUACCUAUGUAUACCCUGUAUACCCUGUAUAACCCUGUAUACCCUGUAUACCCAUGUAUACCCUGUAUACCCUGUAUACCCAUGUAUACCCUGUAUACCCUGUAUACCUAUGUAUACCCUGUAUACCCUGUAUACCCAUGUAUACCCUGUAUACCUAUGUAUACCCUGUAUACCCUGUAUACCCAUGUAUACCCUGUAUACCCUGUAUACCCAUGUAUACCCUGUAUACCUAUGUAUACCCUGUAUACCCUGUAUACCUAUGUAUACCCUGUAUACCCUGUAUAACCCUGUAUACCCUGUAUACCCAUGUAUACCCUGUAUACCUAUGAAUACCCUGUAUACCCUGUAUACCCAUGUAUACCCUGUAUACCUAUGUAUACCCUGUAUACCUUGUAUACCUAUGUAUACCCUGUAUACCCUGUAUACCUAUGUAUACCCUGUAUACCCUGUAUACCCAUGUAUACCCUGUAUACCUAUGUAUACCCUGUAUACCCUGUAUAACCCUGUAUACCCUGUAUACCCAUGUAUACCCUGUAUACCCUGUAUACCUAUGUAUACCCUGUAUACCCUGUAUACCUAUGUAUACCCUGUAUACCCUGUAUACCCUGUAUACCCAUGUAUACCCUGUAUACCCUGUAUACCCAUGUACUCCUAGUAUACCCUGUAUACCCUGUAUACCCUGUAUACCUUGUAUACCCUGUAUACCCA